AUGGCACCGCGAAUGAUGAAAGCAGCAAGGCUCUACCCGGCCACAAAGGAAGUGAAAAUAGACCGAAUUCCAGUCCCCAAUAUUGUUGCGAAUGAAGUGCUUGUUCGCAUCGCAUCGGCGUCACUAUGUCACUCGGAGAUUAUGCUCAUGAACGGCGAGUUCCCAGGGUCUUCAGAUCCAAUUGUACUAGGUCAUGAGGGCGUCGGGACUGUCGAGAAAGUGGGAGCAGAUGUCAAUGGAUUCAAAGAGGGCGAUCGUAUUGGUUUUCUCCCUACCAAGGACUGUUGCUUCGAAUGUGAAGGAUGUCAGGUCCACAACGUAAGCUGCAUAUACGGCAAGGCCAAGUUGCACGGCUUCCUCACGGACGGCUUCUUUGCCGAAUAUGCGGCAAUCGACUAUCGCAACUGCAUCAUCCUCCCUGAGUCCAUGAGUCUGAAGACAUCUUCACCCAUUUUCUGUGCGGGAGUUACUGCACACAACGGCGUGGCCUCGUGCGAAUGCAAGCCGGGAGACUGGAUGGCUAUAGUCGGCUGUGGCGGCCUGGGCCAGCUGGGAAUUCAAUACGCCAAAGCCAUGGGUUUAAAUGUCAUCGGGAUCGACGUCAACGACAGCAUCCUUGAGGUUGCCAAAGAGUUGGGGGCCGAUGUGACAUUCAACGCUAUGGAGGACAAGAACUAUGUGGAGGAGCUAAAAAAGGUGACCAACGGUGGCUGCCAUGCGGCAGUUGUAUUCAGCGCUGCAUCUGCGGCAUAUGAGGGCACCCCACCGAUCCUGCGCGUCAAUGGACUGAUGAUGAUCGUUGGAUUGCCUCCAAAACCUAUCCAGGUCAGUACGCAUGCUCUCAUGCUGGGCCAGUAUCGCAUCAAGGCCGAAACGACGGGGCCGCCCUUCAAACUUCCAAAGGCCAUUGACUUCACGGCUAAGUAUAACAUCAAAACGAGAGUGGAGUUUUACGACUUGGAGGACAUCAAUACCAUGAUCGAUAAUAUGAAGGCUGGAAAGGUGUCGAAGAGAAUGGCCGUGAUACUCGACCCGGAUGCGAAAUAA